UUUGAUUUGAAAUUGUUCUUUCAAAUUACUCAACUUUCAAUUGUUUUUCGACAAAAAUGUGCCAGUUGUUGGUGAAAACUGUUGAUUUUUUGCGUUGAAUUAAAUAACUGACCAUGACGGAGGAACAGCCUCCGCUGAUGCUCUGCUUAGAGAAUGCCGCCGGUGAGGAGGUCUCGCUCAACAUUGAGCCUAAUGAUGACUUCCACUCCUUCCUGAUAAAGGCCAAUGAACUACUCGGUUACGAAGUAGACCUAAAUUCAUUAACCAGAAACAAGCCAGUGGCCUUAACGGACAACAUUUACCAAUUCCUGCUAAAUUCUGAAAACGGCCUCCUAGAGUACCCUAUGCCACAAACAUUUGAUCAAAUGCUAGAACCAAAUGAUGCUACAGAUGCCUUAGAAUAUGUCCUAGGUGAUGGAACACAAAUCAAAGCUUCACAGAUACAUUUCGACAAUGAGGAUCCACCUUUUGAUUUUGUAGCAGAAAAAAUACCAUUUGUCAAAUAUGUUGAUGAUUAUAUAGAUGAUGUUGAACCAUCAAAAGAAAUUAGCACGAAAAUUAUCAAUAUAGUCGCUAGCCCUGUGUCUAAAUUGCUCAGUACUUCAAGUCCAAAGAAACCUUUCAUAAACAGCAUACCUUUUAAACUGGUUAACAAUAAUGCUUCAGGAUUUGCAGCUCAAUUCCACAAAUUCGUAGAAUCUAGUAUUGAUAAAACUUUUACGCCGCUUAAUCCAGUUACAACUAGAAAUAAGUCUCCGAGAAGUCUUAUCAGAGACAACUAUAAUAAAUAUGAAGACAACAUUUAUAAUAAAACUGAUUUCAUAACACGAGAUGAAGUUUUAAAUAUGUUUAAAGAUACUCCGGUAGUACCUUAUGAGAGCCAAAGCUUCAGUGAUAAGAGGAGACGCAAAACUGACCCUUCACGCCCUAUUAAUAAGACUGCGAAUGCUAAAACAAUGCCGUACAUAGAUGUUGAUGGUACUUUAAUAGGUCAAAAUGAGAGUCAAAACUGUUUCAUCUGUGAGAAGUUUGUCAAUAACAAUAUGGAUAAGCUUUAUUUAUUUGACAAUGAAGAUCAGAAACUACACAGAUCAUCUCCGCAAAAGAAAUUAUCCACCCAAUUGAAAAUUAUCUGUGAACAAUGCUUAGACAAUAAUUUUAAACCAUCUAGAUUAAAAAGCCCCAGCAAGAAUCUAAAUCCAGACGAAUAUUUGGUAAUUAGGAACAACCAGCAAUAUAUAUUUCAGAAAACAAAUUCCAUAGACUUUAAAAAUAUAAAAAGCAGUUUCGUAAACAUUGGUGAAGCAACAGCUAUAAUAGACAAGAUAGAAACAGAAAUCUUAAAAGGAAAUCAAGUCAAACAAACUGAUUUUGUCAAAGUUGAAAUCGAUUCGAAUGGAGAAAUCAUAUCUAAAGAUGAUGCGAAAGAAUCAAAUUCAGAAUCAUAUAUUUUUAAAGAUGGCAGCUCUAGUGAUGUCGAAAUAAUUGAGGGACCGGAAAUAGACGAUGUCAUAGACAAUUUAGAGGAAGCAGAUGAGGAAGUAAAGGAGUUUUUAGGGAUGUAUCAGAGUGACAAUAAUGAUACUAGUGAACUAAAAUGCAGGUUUUGCGAGCGCGUCUUUGCAGAGUUCGCCGAGUUGAUGGAGCAUGGUGACGUUCACAAACACGUGACGGAAGAUGGUGAGGUGUACCCGUGCCCUUUGUGUUUUUACGGAUACGCCAAUUUCAAAUGGCUCAAAGGCCAUCUUAAAGCAGCCCACGAUAAACCUAAGAAACCUCCAGCAGAAAGCAAUAACGACGAUGCAAAGGAUGAAUCGCAGACACCGUCUGAGCAGUCGCCAGUGGCUAAAAGAACUAGGAGUAACUCUAAGAAAAAUAACGAGGGUGAUAAAGAUGAAGCAGCAAAGUCAGAGGAAGAUCCUGCAAAAUCAGUGGAACCUGAAAAUGAUAAUCAGGAACGCAAAAUGGAAAUUAAGUUAGAAAUCAAGCAAGAAGCGUUAGAUACAAGCGACGAAGAGGCAAUAUGGAUCGUGCAUACUGAAGACACGCCGGCCGACCAGCUCCACUCGCUUCUACAUGGUGAUGAAAAAACCGAAGACGCAGUGUUCAAGAAACCACAAAAAUGUGCCAAAUGCAGUCAAAUCACGGUGGAUAUGUCCACACAUAAAUGCAAAAGGCGAGCCCGGAAACGGAAGUGCUUGGGCAAGGACGAACAUGUCACUUUGUCCUCCCAGAAGGACCCUGUAAAGAGGCCACUAGGUAGACCGAGACAAGGCACGGACUCUGGUGAAAACGAUUUACUGGUUCCCAGGCCUCGUAAUAAGAAGAAAGCCACUGAACCGACAUCAGACCCUCAGAUCAUGACGUGCCAUAACUGCAAUGAGUCCUACACGUCCAAAGUACGAUUGAAGUUCCAUAUGCAAUUCCACGACAACACAGAGAUGCUGACCGCCAACGGACAGUACACGUGCCUAGAGUGCCCCGGAGUCGCUUUCACGACAGAGACAGAGCUAUUCGACCACGUGCACUUCCAACAUGACAAGCAGAACCGCUACCAGUGCCCUGUCAAGGAUUGUGGGAAGACAUUCUUCCUCAGAGCGUCCCUGACGAAGCAUAGCCGCACGCACACAGACACACGCCGCUACGUGUGCGGCACUUGUGGGAAGAGGUUCCUGGACAAACAGACCUUGGACGAACAUGGAGUCACGCAUUUACAGAUCAAGCCAUACCAGUGCCACAUCUGCAUGAAACAGCUGACUCGGCGCUCUCGCUUGCGCAUGCACAUGCGCGCGCACGAGGAGUCGCUCUGUCCCGCUCUGGUGCCAGUCUGCGCCGCGUGCCGCCGCGCCUUCCAGAACGUUCCCGCCGCUGUGGAGCACGUGAAAAAGUCACCGGAGUGUCUCGGGGCGUUCUCGUGCGACUUGAACGAAGAUGAAAAACCUACCGCCGUGUUAUCGCCCACUAGUGGGCUAGUUAGACCCACACUCGACGCAGAACCACCGGGCCAACAGUACCGCAUAGAGCGCGAGGCGCAGUGCGCAGGCGCCGCCGCGCUGCUGGCGCCGCUCCCGGCGUCCCUGCGCACCGUGGUCCGCGCCGUUACAGUCGACAAGGCCUUCCGCUGCGAGUUCUGCGAGGAUGUGUUUUACCUGGAGGAGGAUUUGAACAAACACCGAGCUAUCCACAAAGGGGUCAAGAACCCUUUCACUUGCCACAUCUGCAAAGUCAGCUUCGCCACUUAUUCUAGAUGUACAACACACAAGACUACCCACGGCUUCUACAAGCGCUCGUUGGCGGACGUCAAGAGCUCGGGCCCGAGCCGGGCGGACUGCGGGCCGUCCGCGCGCGGCGUGCUCGGCUACGGGGGGUUCCCUGUCGUCAAACACUUCCUGUGUGAGGACUGUGGCCGGUCAUAUCUGCACUGGACUUACUUGCAGGUGCAUCGCAGAAUGAAACACGCGAACGACAAUUUCAUCUACAAGUGCAUUCACUGUGAGGAGACCUUCCCUAACAGUUGGAGCGUGGCCUACCACAGAAAAAAGGUGCACGGCAAACCAACAGAAAAGGGAACCGGAGCCACUAAAACUGUCCACACCGACUAUAGAAUCCCAUGCCGCGACUGCGACGAAGUUUUGCCAAACAAAACUGCACUCUAUAAGCAUAGGAAGAAGGAACACAGUUACGUGUCAUUACCAAUUCAUGAUAAUCAAGGUAUACACAUAUUAGAGGUCCAUGGACAAGAUACGCAGUAUCCGACCUCUCGAUCGCACACCUGCACCGUCUGUGGCCACGUUUUCCGCACUGCGUCCAUGCUUACUGAACACUCCAGGAUUCACACCGGCGAGCGGCCGUUUCCGUGCGAUGUGUGUGGGGUGGCUUUUAGGAGAGCAACGGCGAUGCGCAACCACCGUUUGAUCCACACGGGCGUCCGAGCGUGGGGCUGCACGCGCUGCCCGAAGCGUUUCCGGAUCCGCUCCGACCUCAACACGCACUCGAGACUCAAGCAUCCGCUGCAUCUAGCUGUUAUAGAGGUGCCUGGCCUAGAGCCGAGCCCGGAGCAGGUGCUGCAGGCGCUCGCCGUCAACAACAUCGCCAGGGAGAGAGUGCUUGAAAUCACUAAGGUCUCCUUCCCCAAGGGCUCUUGCGCCGUGGUCCCGGACUGCGCGCGCGCGCUGGCGCAGCUGCCCGCGCCCGCGCGCCGCGCCGUGCCCCAGCCCGCGCCGGUCUGCCACCACGACAACUACGCCGCCGCGGAAAUGUCGACCCCAUACGCACGGCGCGGCCGCGGUAUCGCCAGGAACAGUCGCUUUGUCGUACCACCGUCACAAGUACAGGACCUCACAGGCUUGAACGUCGAGAUGGUUUUCCAAGACAACCUGCUCGAGCAACCCGCGCUCAGUGCUCGCCAGAUGCUGGACCCCAGACUCUUAUUCAAUACCCCGCCGCAGCAGAUGCAGACUGAUGGCAACCAUUAA